GAUGUCGGUCUGGUGGCAGAUUGUUGUUUGUUUGGGAUGCACGUUUCUUCUAACUGAGGGAAGACCAGCAAAAGAAGAAUAUGGUUUUAAGCCCUUUUCAUCUGCUAUACGACUUCGACAUAAGCAAGACAAAAAUCAUGAAUGGACAAGAAAUAAGGGGUCCUAUGGACAUGAAGAUGGGCGUUUUGGGUCCUGUGAAAAUAAGUACUGUGGAUUAGGCAGGCACUGUGUAAUCAGUCAUGAAACUGGACAAGCCGAGUGUGUAUGUAUGGAAUACUGCAAGCCCCAUUACAAGCCUGUUUGUGGAUCUGAUGGUGAAUUUUAUGAAAAUCACUGUGAAGUACACAGAGCAGCAUGUUUGAAAAAGCAAAAAAUCUUCAUGGUCCACAAUGAUGACUGUUUCUUUAAAGGGGAAAAAUGCAAAUCAUUGGAAUACAAUAAUAUGAAGAAUACAUUACUGGAUAUUCAAAAUCAAAAAUAUAUGAGAAAAGAAAACAUAAAGGAAUAUGAAGACAAACUUGAGCUAAAAAAGAUGUUAGUAGAUGAGAUGUUCAAAGAAUUUGAUGCUGAUAGCAAUGGAUUAGUAGACAGCAAUGAAUUAACUCAGGUAAUGAAACAGGAUGGCUUUAGUAGAACUCAGUAUGACUGUUCUCUCUUUGAUUUGGUGAAGUAUGAUGAUUCCAAUAGUGACAAACAUCUUGGCUUGGAUGAAUUCUACAGGGCAUUUCAGAUUGUUGAGCUAAACCUUCCAGACGACCAAAAGCUAAGCACGACAACGGUAACAGUUGGACAGAGUGUUGUCCUUAUCUGUGCAAUCCAAGGAAAUAUCAGACCUCCUAUUAUCUGGAAGCGUAACAAUGUGAUUCUGAAUAACCUUGAUUUAGAAGACAUCAAUGAUUUUGGAGAUGAUGGAUCCUUAUAUAUUACCAAGGCUACCACAACUCACAUGGGAAAUUACAGCUGCCAUGCUGAUGGUUAUGAUAAGAUUUAUCAAACUCAUAUCCUCCAAGUGAAUGUUCCACCUGUGAUUCGGGUCUACCCAGAAAGCCAAGCUAGAGAACCAGGUGUCACUGCCAGUCUUAGAUGCCAUGCUGAUGGAAUUCCCAAACCCACACUCAGUUGGUUGAAAAAUGGAAUAGACAUCACUCCGAAAUUAUCAAAACAGCUAACAUUACAAGCAAAUGGUAGUGAAGUUCACAUCAGCAAUGUGCGAUAUGAAGACACAGGGGCUUAUACUUGCAUAGCAAAAAAUGAAGCUGGAGUGGAUGAAGAUAUCUCUUCACUUUUUGUUGAGGAUUCGGCUAGAAAAACACUUGCCAAUAUAUUGUGGCGAAAAGAAGGUCUUGGAAUUGGAAACUUGUUCUAUGUGUUCAAUGAAGAUGGGAUCAAAGUGAUUCAACCUGUCGAAUGUGAAUUCCAGAGGCACAUUAAGACAACUGAAAAAAUAGCUGGAAGCCAGGAUGAAGUUUGUCCCAAAAUAGAUGGCCAAGAAAUGCAACGUUGUGUAUGGGCAUCAGCUGUUAAUGUCAAAGACAAAUUUAUUUAUGUAGCUCAACCUACAUUAAAUAGGGUACUUCUUGUUGAUGUGCAAGCCCAAAAAGUUGUGCAGGCCGUUAGCACUGAUCCUGUACCUGUGAAACUGCACUAUGAUAAAGCGCAUGACCAAGUCUGGGUUCUAAGCUGGGGUACUAUGGAGAAGACAUCUUCCACACUUCAGGUUAUAACCCAAGCAAGUGGAGUUGUUCCACAUCAUACUAUACAUACACAGCCAGUUGGAAAACAGUUUGACAGAGUUGAUGAUUUUUUCAUUCCUGGUACAUCACUAAUAAUCAGUCAUAUCAGAUUUGGAUUUAUCUUUCACAAAGAUGAACCAGCUCUUCUAAAAAUGGAUCUGGAAACAAUGUCAUACAUCAAGAAAAUAAGCUUAAAGGACUAUAACUGUAUUCCUCAGGCACUGGCCUAUACUCACCUUGGAGGAUAUUAUUUUAUCCAAUGCAAACCGGAUACAACGGGAGCCAUCCUUCCUCAGGUCAUAGUGGAUAGUGCUACAGAUUCUGUAAUUGGAUAUAACAGAGAUGUAACUGGUUCUCCAUAUGUCUCUCCAGAUGGACACUACCUUGUAAGCAUUGAUGAUAUUAAAGGCAUAAUGAGAGUUCAAGUGAUUACAAUUCAAGGGGAAAUUGAAGAUACAUUUGACAUUCAUACUAAUUUGCAUAUAUCCGAUGUGGCCUUUCAAUCAUCAUUCAUAGAAGCUCACCAAUACAAUGUCUAUGCAAGCUCUAGUACACAAACUGAUGUACUUUUUGUAGAACUUGCUUCUGGAAAGGUCAAAAUGGUGAAGAGUCUGAAAGAACCAGUGAAAUUAGAGGAAUGGCCAUGGAGCAAUAAAAAUCGAAUAAUUACAGAUAGUGGUCUCUUUGGACAGUACCUGAUGACACCUUCUAAAGAAUCACUGUUUAUUUUAGAUGGACGGCUCAACAAAUUAAACUGUGAGAUCACUGAAGUGGAGAGAGGCAACACAGUUGUGUGGGUUGGCGAAGCAUAA